AUGGAACAUCACCGCUCAUGCGUGCUGCCCUCCAACGCUCCGGCCUUUGCGGAGCAUGGCUCGUCCAUACCCAGUCGAGUCCUCCAGGAACGCUCGGGCAAUAGGAGGCAUGUUUAUGCUGACGGCUCAGGUUCUUGGAAGCGCUCGCCUUCCACCCCAGUAGAGAAUUUGUACUCGCAGAAUCUCGGAGGAGGUUACUUCACAGGCAACCUGACGGCACAGCUUAACAGUGAGAGGUCAGAAGAACAGAUCGAGCACGAGACGAAGAGACUGCUGCGACUGUUGAUACGGUGUGACAAGUAUCAGAAAUAUCGUGACCGACAACCACAGACGCAGAAGGAGAAGGAGCAGAAAUGGCCCGACCAUCUCGAGGAGGCCUUCUUUCGAGGUCUGGUACGAUGGCCGCCGAUGGGCCGCCGUAAGCAUAUGCUGGAUGGACAGCUCCGUGGCCGUAACGAACUCGUCGCCGACUCCAUUCAGAAAGACACUGGCGAACCACGGACAAGAAAGCAGGUUUCUAGUCACAUCCAGGUGCUCAAGAAUAUUCUAUCUGACCAACCUCAAAUCCUUGUGUACAUGUCCACGGAGGACUUGGGGACCAGAAAGCGUCACGGCGGCGCUCACUUUGGCCAGCUGCGAAGCCGUCAUCAGGCUGCGUCCAAUGCAUCGAAGUAUAACUACCAUACCCAAGCAGGGGCGAACUACUAUUCAGGAGGCUAUGGGUCACUAGGCCCCUCAAACUUGCUCACGAAGUCACAAGGCAACCAUGGCUCGGUCGUACAACCUCCCUUUGCCGUUGCAGACUUCUCCAUUCUUCUACAUCAUGAUGACGAACCAAUACAUCGAUUCACGCAGCUAGCAAGCAACUCACGACUCCCAGACCUUAAUGUUACAGACAUAACUUCGUGGCAUCAGCAGUACGCCGAGUUCAGGUUCCACCAGACGGAUGAAUGGAAGAAACGUCAGGUAUUGGUCUGCGAUGCGUCCAUCAAGAUCAUGGCCGAGAAGCAGCGAUCGGGCGUUCGACACGACCUUUCCGUACACUUCUAUCUCCAAAGCCAGACUGACAUGUCCCAAACGGAUCCCCUGCACUGUGAAACGAGGUUCUAUGACAACGGCCAACUCGCAGAUAAGUUCGACGAAAGCAAACAGGGCUUCACAGAAACUCGUCGUGAUGUCAAUCAUGUACCUGAUCGGCGUUCGUGUUUCCAGAUCCAUUUCGGAUCUGGCUUCUGGGCUUGGAGGACUGGGCAUCUGAGCAGGAAGUUAUGUAACGCACGCAUGAAUGAAGAUUCCAGACAGAGGGCGAAGGAAGAGGAGAGUGUUCGCCGGACACUGCAAUACAUGACGGCCGUGCAAGAUAUCUACGGCCUCAACAAGGAGACAGGACAACCGCAAUGCUUCCUCACGAUACUAUGGCGCUUCCAGCAGACACGGCCAACGAACGAGCCAGGUAGGAUGAGCUGGCGAGUGGUAAAUUUCGCGCCUCCACCGCCGCCGCCCAGUCAACAGCUAUGGGGAAAAGGGGAGGAGUUGGACAACAGCAAGGAGUUGAGAUUGAUCCUGAACAAUACGAGCGCAACGUCUCCAACGCAAGCAUAUCCCGCCCUGCCUCUGGAACUUCCCCACCAAGCCUUUGCCCACCAGCCUUCUCAUCUCGACCUCGACAGCCUUUCCAACAUUGCGUUGGACAACAUUAAUGACUUUUCGAAUCCCAACUCCGCUACAACACACAGCCUUUCCACCGACUUCUCUCACACACAAUCACUAGCAAGCCUCACGCAUUCCCAAGACACGAAUGCCACCCACCCCCAGCAUCAAGACUUCAACGAAUCCAACGACAUCGACUUCCACGGGGGCCAAAUCAACCUCCGCUUCCUCGAGCCAGCCAUCAACUUCGGGACGUACGAGACGUACACGCCCGCGCAAUCGCUCGCCCCACCGCUGAGCGCAAUCCCAGGACUCGACCAGCACGCCGACGCCGGGUUCGGGGAUCUCAGCGGGCUGGGAGUCGGCCUGACGGGCUGCUACCCCAACAAGCCGUGGCACUACAACGACCUCAUCUCGCGGCUCGAAGGGGCGGCCGAGCAAGUCAAUGGGAUUCCAGUGCUGGACCAGGGCAAUUGCGCACAGAACAACGGACUGGUAGGGCACAAUGUGUUGCACGGCGGAGAGCUAAGUCAUGGGCUCUGGAAGCUGCAAAGCGGCUUUGGAGAGGACACGGGGGUGGGAGCGGGGGUCGCAGACGGGAGGAAAGACAGCGCUGCAGAUACGGGCGCGGGCUCUGGUAUCAUGGAGUUCCUCGAGAGGGAGCGCGGCAGAGACGGUUCUAGAUAUCUCUAG